AGUGAACGACGCAUUCUAGUGCUAACGACUCAAUAAAGAAGAAUCGAGACAAUUUCUUUCUGAAGCUAAAGUGAAAAAUUACAAAAGACUUAUUCUAAUCGAGAAAGUCGCUGUAUAAAUUGUUGCUCUAAAAUGAUUAUAAAGGGUAACAAUGAAUUUAAGAAGAGUACAUCUGAACCAGUUAAACAAGAUGAUAAAUCAAAUGAAUCUUCUAAACUAGUUAAAGUGGAAAUAUUAAAGGCAAAUGAUAAAGAAUUGAAAAUUGUAAAUGGAAUUGUAGAUCCAAGAAAAAAUUCCCACAUCAAAUUUGCUAUGUCUUAUGUCGCUAUAACGCUUCUUGCAAUUUUUUUAACUAUUGUUAUAAUAAUUGCUGUACUGCAUUCGCCUUAUUCUAUAUUUAGUACCGAGGAAUCAAGGAUUUAUAUGAAUGAUAUUGUUAAUGAUUUUGAAAAUUGGAGAUAUAAAAUGAUUAAAGAUUCGGAUGAUAUUAUCGAAGAAAGAGAAUACGUCUAUGUUUCUAUUAUUAUGCAAGACAAUGAAACAUUAACAAUUAAUAAUGAACCGGAGGAUCAGUUGCAAUGUAAAAAAGUUCCUAUAUCAUUACGAUUCGAUUGUCUUCCGGAAUUUGGAGGUACUGAAUCAAAUUGCACAAAACGAGGUUGUUGUUGGAAUCCAGUAAAAUAUGAUAGUGAAUUUUUAAAUGUUCCUUAUUGUUAUUAUCCUUAUAAUUGGAGUGUUUAUAAAUAUGAAAACUAUAGUCAGCAAGACAACAGUUUCUCUGGAUUUCUUACUUUAAAAGAAAAAUCUGCUUAUAAAAAAGAUAUACCCCUUGUAAAAAUGGAGACAACAAUAAUUGACAGUUCAAUAAUACGCGUUAAGAUUUAUGAUCCUGCAAAUCAAAGAUAUGAGCCUCCAUGGCCAAUAAAAUCUGAUUUUCAAUCUUCAUAUUAUCUCUCUUCAAAACCACAAUACAGAUUUAUCACAGAUGAUGAAAAAAUUGGAUUUAGAAUUGACAGAGUUGCAGACAAUACGACAUUGUUUGACUCCAUUGGUAUUGGUGGCUUUAUAUUUGCUGAUCAAUUCUUACAGAUAAGUGCCAUAUUACCUUCACAAAACAUUUAUGGUAUUGGAGAACAUAGAACGCAUUUAAAAGUAAAAAAUGAUUGGAAACGCUAUACUAUGUUUAACAUGGAUCAACCACCAAUAGAAAAUGCGAAUUUAUAUGGUUCUCAUCCAUUUUACCUCAUGAUUGAAGAAUCAGGAAAUUGUCAUGGAGUAUUAUUUCUAAAUAGCAAUCCAAUGGAAACGAUAUUACAACCAACUCCUAGUAUAACUUUUAGAAGUAUCGGUGGUAUUUUUGACAUGUACUUUUUCUUGGGACCAACUCCUCAAGAUGUGGCAAGAGAAUAUUCUCAAAUUGUUGGUAAACCUUUUCUACCACCGUAUUGGUCAUUAGGUUUUCACUUAUGCCGAUUUGGAUAUGGAAGCUUGGAAAAAACUAAAGAAGUAUGGAACAGAACCAUACAAGCUGGAAUUCCAUUUGAUACACAAUGGAACGAUUUAGAUUACAUGGAUAAAAAUAAUGAUUUCACAUAUAAUAACAAAACGUUUAAAGAUUUACCAAGAUUCGUUGAGCAGUUACAUAAUUUAGGAAUGCAUUACAUUCCAUUGAUCGAUGCCGGUAUUGGUGUGUCAGAAAAAAGUGGAUCUUAUCGUGCAUAUGAUGAAGGUGUAAAGGAGGAAAUAUUCGUAAAGGAUGCGGUAUCCAAUCAACCAUUUGAAGGAAAAGUUUGGAAUAAAGGAUCAACGGUGUGGCCUGAUUUCACCAAUCCAAAAACAAAAGAUUAUUACUUGAAUAUGAUGCAAGAUUUGCAUAAUAAUUUCCAGUACGAUGGUGCAUGGAUUGAUAUGAAUGAACCGUCCAACUUUUACAAUGGCAAUAAAAAUGGUUGCAUUUACAACGAAUUGGAUUAUCCAGAAUAUACUCCAAUGCUUAUAGGAAAAAAUUUAGCUGUAAAAACAUUAUGCAUGAAUGCAAAACAUUAUUUAGGACCACAUUAUAAUCUUCAUAAUACUUAUGGCAUUAGUCAUGCAAUAGCUACAAACUAUGCUCUUACUAAUAUCAGGAAGAAAAGGCCAUUCAUAAUAUCACGUUCUACAUGGGUUGGACAUGGGAUGUAUGCUGGUCAUUGGUCCGGUGACGAUUUUUCAACAUGGUAUGAUUUACGAAUGAGCAUUCCUGAAAUACUUCACUUCAAUCUUUUUCAAAUACCGAUGGUAGGCGCUGACAUUUGUGGUUUUAAUGGAAAUACAACUGCAGCAUUGUGCAAUCGGUGGAUGCAACUUGGUGCAUUUUAUCCUUUUGCGAGGAAUCACAACUCUGAUAGUACAAUAGAGCAAGAUCCAGUUGCUUUAGGUGAUCUAGUUGUGAAAUCAUCAAAAAGAGCAUUUACCAUACGUUACUGGCUCUUGCCAUAUUUGUACACAUUAUUUUUCCGAGCACAUAGAUAUGGAGAGACUGUUGCUCGUCCAUUAUUUUUUGAAUUUAUUAAUGACAAAGCAACAUAUGAAAUUGAUUCACAAUUUAUGUGGGGAGGAUGUCUGAUGAUAAAUCCAGUUUUAGAAGAGGGUAAAACAUACGUGACCGCUUAUAUACCACAUGGAUUGUGGUACGAUUUAUAUACAAAAAAAUCAUUCUUCUCGAUCGGUCAGAAAAUUACGUUUAAUGCUCCAUUGGAUACCAUACCUUUGUUGAUUCGUGGUGGUUCAAUAUUGCCAGCACAGAAACCUGGUGCCACGACUACGGAGAGUAGGAAGAAUAGUUUUGAAUUAUUAGUAGCCUUGGAUCAAUAUAAUUUCGCUCAAGGAGAAUUGUAUUGGGACGAUGGAGAUAGUUUAGAUUCCCUUGAGAAAAAGGAAUACAUUCGGCUGGCUUUCGUGGCCUACAAACAAACUUUAUCUUCUGCAUUUAUAGAAAAGGGUACAUUCAAAGAAAAAAUGAUUCUCAAUAGAAUUCAAAUUUUGGGAGUGAGGAAUUCAAUCUCUCAGGUCUUAUUAAAUAACAAUGAUAUUCCAUUUAAAUACGAUUCAUCGAAAUGGUCUUUCAGUAUUACUGGAUUAUUAUGGGACAUGAAAGAAUCUUUUAAUCUUACUUGGAAAUAUUGAGACAAUAAGAAAGAUAUUAUUCACAAAGGUCCUAAGAAAUAGUUAUAUAUUUAUCGUAUG